UACUGGCAGCCACGACUACUGCCACGAUGGCCGAGGAGGCUGACACAAACGAUAACGCGGCGAUGGAAAGUAUAGCGCAAAACAUCCUCGAGGUCAGUGCCGGAGGUGACGGGCCGCCGUCCGCGGCCACCGAGCUGGGCGCGUUGCACUUCCAGGCGUCCCAGGUGAUCGCGCGGCUCGAGCAAGCGGUGGAGCGUGAGGCCGAGGGAAACCUCCACGGCGGCACCACGUGGAACAACCCCUCAGGAUUCCUGUCGCAGCCCAAGAAACCGGACGAGAUAUUGGCGUUGAUACAGGACUUGGUAGUUCACGAGGACGCGCCGCAAUCGGUCGAAGGUUCCACGGACGUCCCAAUCAGUCAAAUCACAGCUCUGCCAACUCUAACCGAUGCUGCAAAAUUGGCCUUAGUCACGCACACCGUUUCAGCUUAUGCGAUAGCUCUACCAAAGUCACACGCACAAAAGCUCGCCGGACGUCUCGCGGCCGACACUACGAGAUGGCUCAGUCACAUCUUUCGUUUCGUCGAUUGCGCAUCCUCCUUCCACGAGGAUCACCUGGAGGGGCUGGUCAGGGUGACGCGGCUCGCCCUACACCGAAAAUAUCCUCGAUACAUGGAGGAGGGCUUCACCGCGUUCGUGUCACAGACUCCCUUAAUUUACAGCUCGGUCGCGGCGCCCAUAGGCGUCGUUCAACACUUGUGCAGACAGCUCUCUUUGCCGCUUCAAUGCAUAAGACCAAUCCCACAUAACACCAUGUUUGGCUCGAGGCAUACCAUGGACGUCUCGGCAUUGGAGCGACGCUUAGCAGAGGACACUCAAUCAAACAAUGUAACACCAUUGUUGGUAUUGGCCGAAGCCGGUUCUGUGUUGACGGGUCAUUGCGACAAUAUUACGCGAUUACGAGCGAUAUGCGACAAGUACAACGUCUGGUUACAUCUCAGAGGACAUUCGCUGGCUGCGCUCGCGUUGAACAACUCUGCGAAAGAUUUGCCGUCGAAAAUAGCGGACAGCAUUACGUUACCACUCGGCACAUGGUUAGGUAUACCUUCGCUACCAGUAGUCACAUUGUAUAGAUUAGCAGAUAUUAAAGGAGGAAGGCCUACACCGAGAGACACUACCUUGUCACUAGUCUCAGGACUGAUGGCAGAUUCACUGUCGAGAAGAUUGCCAACUUUACCCUUGUGGACCGUUUUACAAGCUCUCGGUCGAGAUGGAAUAUACAACAGAUUUAAAAGAUGUUUCUUGGCUGUGGAAGAGUUGUACAAUAAAAUUAAAGAGUUCUCUUGCAUUAGAAUAUUGAGUCAAUCGCCAGGCGGUGAGACGGAGUCUUACACUUUAAGCGAAUAUCUCGCAAACAAUCCUAUAAACAAUUCACAGUUAUUCGAAGUUGUAGCGAGCGCGUUAGUUUUUCAAUUCGUACCUGCGCAUAAGGAUCUUCAAGCCUUGGAGCGCGUACUACCCUAUUACGACAAAUUAAACUCCUGGUUGGGGCAGAUUCUUCAGAGGGACAUUGAUAAUGUACAAAUAGAACUUUGUGAUAUAGAACAGUGCGGUGUCGCGAUUCGUAUCUGUCCGUUGGAGAAUCCCGAUCAGCCGCCUACGACCGAAGAUAUAAAUAAUUUAGUGACCUGUCUUGAACAACAAAUAGAAAUAUUACUAGCGACAGUGGAACACAAAGACACCUUCGUACGCUUAGUCUCAGAGAAUGAUUCUUUACAUUUAGUGGAAAUGCCGGGUUGGGCGGGUUUAGGAGGUGUGCGUUACGCACCGCCUACUUGGAUUCACGUUAUGACCGAUCAGGCGAAGGACGAAUUGAACAAAUUAAAUAUGCAGUUAGUCGAAACGCUACGUAGCACGGACGCCGCGUUUUCUCUAGGAGAAGGCGCGGACGGCUUGGCUUGCGUACGAUUUGGCAUGGUGACGCAAGACACAGACGUCGCCGAACUGUUAUCCUUAGUCUUACAAGUUGGCCAGGAGGUGGAAGCCAGUUCUAAAAUGAUGGAUACCAUUUCUGAAGUAGUUAAAAGAGGUAUUGAGACGGCGCAAACCGAUCUCGAGAGGGAAAACGCAGAAAAAUUAUGGCAGGAGGGUAUCCUUAGGCACGUCCCCGUAGUAGGAACUUUUGUCAAUUGGUGGAGUCCCAUUUCGAAAGAAACUGGCGUUCGCGGUCGUAGUUUAAAUUUGCAAGCUGGUAUUGUGGAGAGUACGGAAAAUAUCUACAAGUACCACAUGCAACUGCAACCUAAUUUCGCGAACAGCAACGGUUCCGGUGCCAGAACUCCGCCUCAACCUCUGGUGCAAACGCCAGUCGGUGCUAGUAGUCAGAGUCACAGUCGAUCGUCCAGUCAUUCUAGCCUACAGAGCGGCAAGAGCAUGCCUCUGAUAAACAGUGCCAGUCUUCAGCCCCAAGUCAAGGAAGAGUCGGGGCAAACAUUGAAGUCGUAGUAAACAGUUUUUACUGUUAUGGUACAUCGAGAGCACACAUUGUUUCCAAGUCGUCGUUAAUCUUGACAAAGGAGCGACGCUAUACUUUGAACAUGAAACACUUAAGAUGUUUCUCACCGUCAGGUACUCUUUAUAUCUGCGAAGUAUUAGACCGUAAAAUAUCUGUACAACUUAUUUUGCUGGAUAAAAUGAAACGCGCGCGACAGUUUUAAUUUUUUUCCCUACCGCUGAUACUUUCAACCAAAACUCUUUCUCACCUUCUCACGUAAUGUCUCUUUUCACAAACUUCACUGCUUAUUUUCGCUAUUAAACGAUCGCGACUUAAUCAUGGAGUGGUCCAUGUACUUACUAGACUGAUACACGUAGCGCGAUGUUACUUUUAUGAUAAGUUCACGCGUAACAAUUUUACACUGAAAAAUGUCUGUUAAUUCUAGAAAUUUAUAUUCGCGAGUUUUUUACGAUGCUUCGGUAAUCGAUGUCGCGUUUAUUUUCCUUGAAGCAUGUCUUUUUAUUUCGGUUACCAGCGGUCCACUCACAAAGAUGCAGAAACAAACAUGAAUCUUGAUACACUGUAAAAUAUUAUGAACAGAUUCGUGACGAUUCCAUGAAGAAUAUGAAUAAAUGCGAAUUUUCUCUUAACGCGAAUUGCUAAUAAGUGCAUAGCUUGGUAGUAGCUUCUGAAACAAUAAGAAUUAGAACAAAAUCAUUUUCUCUUCUAAUCAGUUGUCUCCUGCUUCUCCUUCUCAUAUCUUAUUGAUAUUAAUUUGCACUUGACGAAAUAUAUUUUGACAGAUAUAUUUUUUUUAUUAUGUUACAGUAAAAUUAUUUAUUGUUGAAUAUAGUAAAGUUUUAUAUAUAAAAUAUACUAGAUACUGUUUAAUCCUCUUAUGCUAUCUCAAAAAUGCUUAUGGUCAACUUUUUUUUUUAUCAAAGUUAUUUAAAAAUUUUUCCUUUUACUCUCUAACUCUAUUUUAUUCUCUUUAAAUUACUAAUCUUUAAAUUUAUUAUUCGCACUGGUUAAGUUUAAAAUUUCCAUAAGCACAAUAUUGUAAUUAAAAUGUAAUUAAAAAACUUUCUUUCUCUCCUCUCUAUGUAUAUUUGUAUCUUUUACGAAAGAUUAUGGAGUAUAGAUAUUUGUAUGAAAAUAUUAUGAGAAAAGUGUUCUGAAGGUAUUCGAAAACUGUAAGCAAUGAUUCCAAAGAAAAAAACUUAUAUUCCCAUCUACAUAAAAUAGAAAAAAUGAUCUGUAUUAUUGCUCUUGUAUUAUGUAAUCGAUGAUGAAAUCAAGAUAAAAUAUUGCAAUGAUUAAGAUCAACAAUUAUAUACCGCGCAAUUAGGAGAUAUUCGUAAAUUGUUGAAAAAUGUCGAAGAUGAAAAGAAAUCAAGCAGUAUGUAUAUUUAUGUACCAAACUUGUUGUAAUAAAGUAUUGCUAAUGACUAUGAAAUAUUGUAAUAUAGAA